UCAGGCUGAGCCUCCCUCCUGGCCUUAGGGAUGAUUUCCAGGCUGCAGCUUACAGGAGUUUGGGUCAGCACCAAAGCCUUCUCCUUGUUCUGGCAUCAACUCUUGGACAAAUGAAAGCCACUUCCAGUGGCCUCGGCUGAACAUCCAGCCCCUUUCCUGAUCCCUGAACUUCCCUCUUUGCUUCAUGCACAUUUACUUAGGAGAAGAAAGUAGGGAGUGUCGACAGAUCUGUGCAGAUGUCUUUAAUCAGCUCCAAAAUGUGUAAGAAUGGCACAAAGAACCAUAAUAAAGUCAUGUGUUUUAUUUUAACACUCUUGCAGGGUCAAGAGCCAAAUUGUUUCGGCUGCGUUUGGUUCUUGAAGCUGUUACAGGAUCUUGCCAUAAGUUUUUCCAUGAUUACGAGCCAUGCAAGAACAGAAAGUAGGGUUUGACCCAGUGUUUAAAUACUGUGGUUUGCAAGGGCUUUGAAGCUGCGCUGCCUUACAAUGAAGACUUAAGUAGUAAUUAAAUUCCCGAAGAUCCGCCAAGACUCCUCCGGCUGCGAUGGGGAUGUUCCGUGCCCGGGCUGCGGCGGCACGGGGGGAAGGAUGUUUGAACAGGACUCCGUCAAAGCAGCGAAGACUUCUGUAAGACAUGGAUAGAUGCAAACAUGUUGGGCGGCUACGACUCGCCCAGGACCACUCCAUCCUGAACCCCCAGAAGUGGCACUGCGUGGACUGCCAGACCACGGAGUCCAUCUGGGCCUGCCUGAAGUGCUCCCACGUGGCCUGCGGGAGGUACAUCGAGGAGCAUGCACUUAAACACUUUGAAGAAACCAGGCACCCGUUGGCAAUGGAAGUGAACGAUCUCUAUGUCUUUUGUUACCUUUGUGAAGAUUACGUCUUGAAUGAUAACCCGGAGGGUGAUCUGAAGCUGCUGAGAAGUUCCCUGUCAGCGAUUAAAAGCCAAAAGCAUGACCCGUCCACAAGAAGUGGCAGGACGCUGCGGUCCAUGGCUUUGGGAGAGGAUGUGUGCAGCCAUCAGAGGAGCCCUCAGGGACAGUCCCAGAUGCUUACAGCCCUCUGGCACAGGCGCCAGUCCUUGCUGGCGAAGGCGCUGCGGACCUGGUUCGAGAAGAGCUCCAGGGGCCAGCGAAAGCUAAGAGAGAAGCAGCAAAGGGAAGAGCUGGAGAAGAAGAAGGAGGCAGCGAGGCAGCGGCGGCGGGAGAUGAAGAGGCAGCUCCUGGAGGAGCUGGCGAACGCUCCUCCCAGGAAGAGCGCGAGGCUCCUGUCUCACGUGCACAGAGAGAACCUGGUUCCAAGGAAGUUCAGGGAGGUGGCGAGCGCUUCCCCUACCUCAAGGCAGGUGCAGAGCAGCCGAUUCAAGCAGUUCUAUUCCAUCCGGCGCAAGCCGCUCAUGACCCCCGGGGUGACGGGUCUGAGGAACCUGGGGAACACGUGCUACAUGAAUUCCAUCCUGCAAGUGCUGAGUCACCUCCAGAAGUUCAGAGAAUGUUUUCUGACGCUUGAUCUCUGUGAAACGGAAGAACUCUUGGCUAAAACUGUGAAUGGCAAGUCCAGGAUGCCUGGCAAGCUGGCAAACGGGGCUGCUGCUAACGAGUCAGGGAAGACUGACAAAGUGGGAUCAUAUGGCACGCAGAGCUUGCCAGCUGGCUUAAAUGGUGGCUCCUCCAUAAGCAGGAGUUUAGAACUGAUACAGCCCAAGGAGCCGAGUUCAAAGCACAUCUCCCUCUGUCACGAACUGCACACCCUCUUCAGAGUGAUGUGGUCUGGCAAGUGGGCGCUCGUGUCCCCCUUUGCCAUGCUGCACUCUGUGUGGAGCCUGAUCCCGGCGUUCCGAGGGUACGAUCAGCAGGACGCUCAGGAAUUCCUCUGCGAGCUGUUGGAUAAAGUGCAGCAGGAGCUGGAGUCGGAAGGAACGAAGCGCAGGAUCCUCAUCCCUUUCUCGCAGAGGAAGCUCACCAAGCAGGUCCUGAAGGUGGUGAACACCAUUUUUCAUGGGCAGUUGCUUAGUCAGGUCACCUGCAUAACAUGCAACUACAAAUCCAACACUGUGGAGCCCUUUUGGGAUCUUUCCCUGGAAUUCCCCGAGCGCUAUCACUCCAUGGAGAAGGGGAUCAUCCCUGUUCACCAGGCAGAGUGCAUGCUGACAGAGAUGUUGGCCAAGUUCACCGAGACCGAGGCGCUGGAAGGGAGGAUAUACGCGUGCGACCAGUGCAACAGCAAACGGCGCAAGUCUUCUCCUAAACCCCUUGUUCUGAGUGAAGCUAAAAAGCAGUUACUGAUCUACAGACUACCUCAGGUCCUCCGGCUGCACCUUAAACGAUUCAGGUGGUCUGAACGUAAUCACCGCGAGAAGAUUGGGGUCCAUGUCCUCUUUGACCAGGUAUUAAACAUGGAACCUUACUGCUGCAGGGACUCUCUCUCCUCUCUUGACAAAGAGACCUUUGUCUAUGACCUCUCCGCUGUGGUGAUGCAUCACGGGAAAGGGUUUGGCUCAGGACACUACACAGCAUAUUGCUACAACACAGAGGGAGGUUUUUGGGUCCACUGCAAUGACUCCAAACUGAAUGUAUGUAGUGUGGAGGAGGUGUGCAAAACCCAAGCCUACAUUCUGUUUUACACUCAAAGAACAGUGCAGGACAAAGCAAGAAUCUCAGAAAAACAACUCCAAGCUCAGGUGCCAUCCAGACACAGUGAUAAUAAGGACAGAAGAUUGACAUUCCCGUGAUGGGGAGCUCCGUGACUCAACCAGCAGCCUCCGUUUCCUUUACAACCAUUGGCGUUCCCAUCUUUCCUCUUUGUAGGAAAAAAGGCUCGCUGCAGGAAGGGGAUCAGCUCUUGACAUUGGCCACCCAGGGUCUGGAAAAGCCUGUCGAGCUGUGCCAUUCUGACACAUAAGGUUGCAGUCAGAAUCUUGUUUAGAAAGCAUCCCGUCAUUCAGAAUGAAAUGGGAAGGUUUGAUGCUGUGUAUCCCCCAUCUCAAAAAGGAUGUGGGUAAGGUGUGUAAGAGAUGAGCCCAACCAGGAUACUGAAGCAUUCAGCUGGCUUCAAAAACCUUCACUACCUGGUAAUGCUGAUAAAACUGCAGAAGGAACAGGUACAGUCCCCUCCCCUUCAGUUGCUGUUCACAUUGCCAAGGUUUGAAACGCAGAUCACCCAGGUAUGUGUUGGGACAGUUGAUGGGUAGAUGGAGUUAACGGCCCUCAGAGCUGUUCUUGCUAGAGAAAUGUUAAAUGUUCUUCAACCAGGGAUAAUACUGCCCCAGGGCCUCAGCAGUCUCUGGGGUACCAAGUUCUUUGCCAUCCAUUGAGGGCAAACCCAUGGUGGGCAAGCUUUGUGAGCAGCUCUCCUUCUCUGUUUGUGGGGCUGUGUGCACCCUCGAUGGUUUGUUCUCCGGGCUGAACUGAACCGAACCGGCAGCUAAAUUCACAAGGAAUGUGAUCUGAAAACAGUUCUGCUCUGGAAAAAAAAAAACAAGUCUGUUUAAAACACAAAACUCGGUCAUAAACCAGGAAUGUAGCAGUGUGUCAAAUCUGUUUACAGUGGCAGCAAAAACAAAGCCUGUGCUGCAGGCUUCUGCUGGCAUGGCGUGGGCAUCAGGAUGACAGAGGAGCCUGAGCCCUGGCUGUGGCAGCAGAAGCGGGUGGCAUGGAGGCAUCUUACACUGGCAAAGUAGCACUUUCAUACAAGCAUGGCAUGUUUUCCUUAGGGGAACAGGGUGGUGGUGAGACCACAGCAGUGAGAGGCUGCUCCUAUUGCUCCUCUAAGGGGAAUGCCCAUGGGUUGCAGUUGUCACACAAAGGAGGCUGUGCAGAACUCAGCCCGCGCCGUCUUUGUUUCUGCUGGGCCAUAAAGGGAAGGAAUGUACUUCAAUGUCAAAAGUCCACGUUGGGUUUGAAAGGCUACAAAAACGUCUGUAUCUGUGAUCGUCUUGGAUGUGGAAUGCUGUGGGAAACACAGGGCCUUAGCUGACUAUUGCCAGUCACUUCUCAGCCUACAGUUGCGCCUCAGGUGUGUUUUUCUACGUUGGGGUUUGGCGGUUCACAUGUCAUGUUCAAAUCUGAAUCCUCUAAGGAGGCACGAUGUCUGUCAGUCUUCAUGGUCUGGGGGUGGGGGGGUUAAAGGUGAAAUAACCUCAAAUAUGAGCUUCUUAAGAAACAGUUCCAUUUUCAGGUAGAGAAGUUAUAAAAAUGUUUCUCUUCCUCCCUCUUUUUCUGUUCUUAUCGGUAUUUGCCCAUCACACACACCCUGACAACCUCAUGCUGGAGGUGGAGGGGGGAAGAGGUAAGUCUCCCAAACGCUGUUCCCUCUAUUUCCACUGCCACUACUGGGACUGUUCUGUCCUAUGGGCACAUUGGUCUGGAGUGCUGUGGCUGCUGCUCCUUGCUGCAGCC